GAUAGAAAGUAGUGGCGUGGGCGUGCGGAGGAGGGGGGCGAGGAGGCGAUGGAGAGCGGGACGAACGAGCGGCGACGGCGGCGGCGGCUGGUGGAGAGGGGAUCGGAUCGCCUCGCCUUCAUCACCGGCCAAGCGCAAAGCCUCCCCUCCGAUCCGUCCCCGGAUUCAUCACUUUGCGAUGCUUCCCCUCAGCUAUCUGAUCGGCUACCAAGUGAAUAUCGCAUUGGUGAUGACAAGUUCAGCUAUAAAAUCCAGUCAGGAAAAUCAGAACCUUGUGACACCUUCUGUGAAAUUCAACCGGCUGGUGGGGCCCACCUGGGAAAUCAUAAAGAGAAAGGCCCGAGUAAUGAAGGUGACCUCCAAAAGCACCAGACAGGCAGUGUAAUUCCUGAAAUUCAACAAGUAAAUGAAAUGCCAUUGCAAAGGCACAGUGAGGAAACCCUCAGGAAGGACAGUGAUGUUAGAUCAGCAAGUGUACAGCCUACGAGGGAGAUGAAAACAAGGCCCAGCAAUGUGCCUUCAAACCAGUCUAACCAAUCUGAUAAUACUACUUGGUCUGUGGAAACUCUGAAGGAAAACCUGAAUUUCACACCACAUGAGAUUACCCAGGCCAUAUCAGCUACAGAGUAUAACCGGUUUUUGGCUUCCAUCAUCAUUGCUUUUCUAGUGGUUCUUUCAAACUGGGGACUGGACAUUGGUGGCACAAUCACCAAAGUAUUAGUUGGUACACGGCCACUUCUGUUUCUUAUCAUAACGGACAUAACCAUUAUCUUAGCUAUGUUGAUGGAGAACAAGGAUCCCAACGCAAGGGGCAGACCUGCUGGAGGCAACCUUGGGUCUGCUGAUAGCUUGGGCCAAAUGCUAGAGAUUGGGUUAUUGCUACAGAAGGCCAUGGGCGCCCUCCUGAUGGACUUAAGCGUUUGCGCUGUUAUAAUGAUAUGUUUUCUUUGAUUUUAAAGGGUACCAUAGUUGGUGUUUCAGGAAAAUGCUUCCAAGUUCUAACGCCGGGACCAUGCUCUCUGCUCGUUCCAUCCCCAAAAGAAUCAAAUUCAAGGAAUAAAUAUGGACAACUGGGUGUUCUCAUUUAUCCGUAGGAAUUGGUUUAUUAUGGGACAUGAGUGGUUAGUAUUAUUCAAUUUUGUAGCUUUUCUUUUGCAUAUGGAUAUGUAUUAGACCUUGUCCAAGAGAACAGAUGAGGUACAAAGUAAAGUUGGUAUCAGAGGACCAAUUUUCUCUGUAGUUAAAAUCUGAUAAUUUGAUAUGCCAAAGAAAAAUUGCCUUACCACUGUACCUUAAUUAUCACUGUACCUUUAUCUUGCGCUAGCAAGCAUGCAAUUCAACAUGGUUGGCACUUUUUCUUUUGAAGCUUACGACAUUAUUUAUUCAGAUGCAUAGUACAUUCUUAAUAUGAACAUUAUCAAGGGGCAAAGCAAAGAAGACAGGCCCACAUGUCGGCAGGAAGUCCGAGGAAGUGCAUGUCGAGUUAGGAGUUGCGUGUCUUCCUUUUUUUGCUAGGUCAUCUGCAACUUUAUUGAGUUGUCUUGGAAUCCACUUGAUCUGUAGCCGUUGAUUUGGAGCAAUGUGUCAAGUUUGAACCAAAGUGGCAGGAGACACCAGUGAUGGUGAAUGCGAGAUUGUAAUCAAACUAAUCAUUCUUUGGAUAGCUUCUACAAUGAA